AUGCCUAAGGAAGAGCUGGAUGAUUACGAGAUCUCUCGUGAUCGGAUUAUUGUUAGUUCUGAUUCUAGUAGAGCUUCACCGGUAUCUGGAAGAAUUUGUAGGAUUUGUCUAUUAAGCAGCCAUGAAUCUGGGUCACUGAUUCAAUUAGGCUGUUCUUGUAUGAAUGAUUUAGUUACUGCACGUCCACAAUGUGCUACGACUUGGUUCGAAAUUAGAGGAAACCGAACUUGUGAGAUAUGUAAUUUUGGCGUUAGCAAUGUUGUUAUCAGAACACAUGAAACUGAUACAAACGCUAGCAAUGUUGUUAUUAGAACAUAUGAGGCUGAAACAAGUAACGUCGUAACAAAAGCUACACCAUUUGAGACUGAAGCAAGUUACGACGUAACAGAAGCUGCACUAUCUGAGACUGAAGCAAGUAACGGAAGCUGCACCAUCAGUAACCCAUGCAGAUAUUCGAGGCCUUUGUCGCGUCUGCUGCUUCUUUAG